AUAUAUCUUGACAACUCAUGGAAAUUACUGAUGGCAUAUGCCAUCAUCGUAGCAAUAUGCUGGACAGAAAGAUUCUUAACCUACAAGCUGGAUACCAUUGUUUAUGAGCCAUAUGGACAUAGCAUUGGAACUAUUAUACUGCGAACCCUUUAUUACGGCAUAGCUACUGCUCUUCGCUUGUUAUACAUGCUGGUAGCUAUGUACUUCAAUACCGGACUGUUCUUGGUGCUGGUGAUUGCUUUAACUACAGGACAGCUGGUGAUCGAAUACAAAAAAUCACUCAGCUUCACGAAGAGGUCUUGGCGAACAAACGACAAGAUCAAUCCCCCUGCAUGAUGACCCGUCUCAGGGUCACGGCAAAGCAUAUCAAGAUAAUGCAGACGAGGAGGAGCAACAGUUGUUUGCAGUGGAUAAUGACGAGUUUGCCAUGAAACAGAAUAAGCAUACUGCACGGAUAUAAGAUUGCCGUUUCCUAUACAUAGUUCAUUUGUACAUUUGUCAAUAAGAAAGACGGAUAUCGUCAAUACUUCAUAUAAAAUGCCAACCCUCAUUGAUUUCUGCGA